AUGGACCGAGAAGCAAGGAAAAGCGACCGCAAGGCACCCGACCGUUCACGCCAUGGAUGCACAAACUGCCGUCGAAGCAAGGUCAAAUGCGACGAGCAAAAGCCAACAUGCACCCGAUGCUGGCAAAAAGACCUGCAGUGCUACAGUACUUUUCAACUGAAAUGGGAAUCAGACUUUCGUGAUCGUGGGGUCGCCUUUGGUAGGUCCGGGCUCUGGAGCAAAAACUCUCCCGAGGAGCGGCGAAGCGCAACAGUCUCUUCGGGUUCAACUUCAACUUUCCCGGAAGAAGCUACAUGGCUUGCGAUCCCGUCGGUCCAAUAUUGGACAUUCGUAAAUAAUGACAUGUCUUUUAUCCAACGACUUUGUGACGAAGAACAAAAUCACGCCGAACCACAUCUCCUGCCAGCUUUCAAUGCCAAAAUGGCCAUUGGUGAGCAAGGGCCUCGUGAGCCAAUGCUAACAUCCACAAGAUCACCAUCUCCUUUUAAUCAAUCCAUGAAGAUGAAUGAAGUGUUAAUGCAGAACUUACGACCAUCUCUGUCGCUAUUCCCACUACUUGCCGAGCUGGAAAAUCGAGAGCUGUUCGACUAUUAUAUCAAUCAAAUAUGUCCUCGAACAACACAUACUUCUCUGUCACAGUCGCCAUUUGCAUCUGUCAUUCUUCCUUAUUGCGUAUCAGCUUCGCCCACAGUCCUACGAGCAAUCCAGGCUCUGGCUGCCUGCCAUUGGUCCCAAUACGACUCACAAUACAGCAGCAUCGCUCUGCAGUUAAAGUCCCGAGUCCUGAACGACUUUCGAAAGCGAAUAAAUCGUGAACCAUGGAUUGUCGUUGCGGAAGACCCCGAAGUUUUGGUUAUAGUGAUGUUCCUAUGUCUCUUCGAUAUCGUGGACGACUGCGAUCAACGGUGGAUUGUACAUCUGCAAGGAGCGAAAGAUAUUAUUCGACUUCGAAGGCGACAGCAGCACUUGUUAACAGGGGCAAAUGAAGAUGUGAUGGGCCGAACUGCUUGCGCCAAGGCAGACCUUUUUGGAUCGAGCUAUUGGCACGAAGACGAUACAACGAUAAAUCUUUGGAUGGGCUGCAGCCCCGCCCUCGUCUCUAUAUUAUUCACAGUGAUGGACCUAAGUCGAUCACGACGGCUUAUGGUUUCGGACGAAGACCAGAUGACUUUCAGUCUCCGAGCCGCUGCGUUGAGUGAUAAGCUCAAUAAUCUCAAACAAGAGCCUCAUGCAGUUGAAAAGGACCAGACUAUUCACAGGAUCGCCGAACUGAAGAGACUUACUUGUGUUGUCUAUCUGAAUUGCGCGUUAUAUGGUGGGCGACCAUCAGAACACGUGAUCGGAAUUUAUGUUCGAAGGAUAUUGAAGGAGAUUGUUGAAUUACUAGCUUUGGAAUCCGUCUGCCACGUCAUCUGGCCUCUUUUCGUUGCCGCUGUUGAACUGGAUCCGCUUGAUACUGAACUCUGGACGGACCCAGAGACCGGAUCAGUGACAGACGGGAGAAGGCUUGUCUUGGAGUUGCUCGCAAGGAUGGCCAAGAGCAGUGUUUCGAGUGUGUCUCGGACGCGCGCGGUUAUUGAGCAGGUGUGGAAAUCUCGGGACUUCAAUUUGUCGAAGCCUUCCGAGACGAAACGAGCUUCUAUCUCAGAUUUAAAUGACUGGGAAAGAUAUGUUGUGCCAGUGAGUGAUGCUUUGAGUUUAGUUUAA